UCUGUACAAUAUACAUAUAUUUAACCUUUUCUUUCUUUCUUUUUUCCUAGAUACAAUUACCUCAACUGGAGAAAAAGUUGUCUACCUUGUGGUUUUUCAUCUGUCGUUUGUUAUGUUUGUAUGGUCCUAUUGGAAGACGAUUUUUACAUCUCCCGCUUCCCCCUCUGAUGAGUUCUGCUUAUCGAAAUCUGAUAAAGAACAAUACGAAAAAGAAGAGAGACCAGAAUCCCAGCAAGACAUUUUGAGAAGAGCUGCUAAAGACUUGCCUAUCUAUACCACAACAGCAUCAAGGGCAAUCAGAUAUUGUGAUAGAUGCCAACUAAUCAAGCCUGACCGCUGUCACCACUGUUCUGCGUGUGACCUAUGUGUACUAAAAAUGGACCAUCAUUGUCCUUGGGUGAAUAACUGUGUGGGGUUUUCUAAUUACAAAUUCUUCCUCCUGUUUUUAUUGUACUCCUUAUUGUAUUGUCUGUUUGUCGCCGCUACAGUCUUGCAGUACUUUAUAAAGUUUUGGACACUUUGCCGCAGGAAAUCUGCAGAGAAUUGUCCAAAGAAUGAUCUGCCAGACUCACAUGCAAAAUUCCAUGUACUUUUCCUUUUCUUUGUGGCUGCCAUGUUCUUCAUCAGCAUAUUGUCACUUUUCAGCUACCACUGCUGGCUAGUCAGCAAAAACAGAUCAACAAUAGAAGCAUUCCGGGCACCCACAUUUCGAAACGGCCCUGACAAAAAUGGCUUCUCUCUCGGAUGCAGCAAAAAUCUGAGAGAGGUUUUUGGAGAUGAAAAGAAGUAUUGGCUGCUGCCUGUUUUUACAAGCUUGGGUGAUGGGUGUAAUUUUCCAACUCGUCUAGUGAUUAUGGAUCCAGAGCAACUUACUGUCUCAAGCCAAAACGAACCUCCUAAAAGCUCUGGAGCCAGUCAGCCGUUUCCUGCCAGGCCACUCAGUGAGUCACAAAAUCGAUUGUUGGACAAUGAAAGUCAGUGGGUGGAAGGUGGUUCAGAAGAAGAAAAUGUUAAAUCAGGUGCAAAAAAGCAUGUUAUAGUUUCAUUGGAAAGCUGACCUCAGUCUGUUAGUGACCAGCUUUUAAUCUCAAUGAGAAAAAGGUUUCUGCAACACAUUUGUGCUUGACUAUUACUUAAUUUUGUUUGGAAGAAGUUGCUCAGUAAAAUGGAACAGUGUGAACAUGUUGAACAUUUAUGAGAAAUUGUUUAUAUACAGUACAACGGAUGCUUGUAAGCACUGCUGCAGAGCGGGGAAGUAAGACAGAUGCCUUAAGAUUAUUAAUGUGCAUUUAUGCAACAUUGACUUAUAUACUGUUACAAAAGAGCCAAAUCCUGAAGUGUCCUGCGUGGGAGAGCAAGGCCCAAACAGAGCAGAAACUAUGCAUUGCUGCAGUGGGUGCGUACAUCUGCCAAGACCCAAGCAGGCAGAUCCCAUAUUCCUGUGUACUGCUGAAGUUAUUUCCAUGGCAGGUCUCCAGGGGACCAAGAAAGGGGAAAAGUGGAUGUGUUGCCAACCAACACAGAGUAUG